AAUAGAUUUAUUUUCUAUAAUCCAAAAACGAACCGAUGAAUCGAAUGUCUAUCUCUUUUUGGGUGGAUCAAGCGGUUUUAGUUCCAAUGGUAAAUAAUAAAAGAAUUCCCAACUGAAGUCAAAAUUCCCCCACAAGAAAUUGAACCCUAAAACCCCACGAACUCUCUCUCUCUUCUCCUAUGUGUUCGUCGCCUUGAACCUUACCUCCGCCGCUUAAGCAGCCACCACCAUCAACUGGCUGAAUCAAUCUGAGCAAGACCGCCGGUCACAGGCGCCAAAUCGAGAUACUAAACCCUAAUUGAUAGAGAUGCUUAAUCUUCCCACCUGGUCAGAGCUCUGUCCUGAUUUGCUGGGAUCUAUUUUCGAACGAUUAAGCUUUGCAGAUUUCCAUCGCAUGAAGCUUGUGUGUUCAAGCUGGAAUUCGAGUUCAAAACUAGCAAUGGCCCGAAAAAUCGAACCUCCAUGGCUAAUACUGUUUCCAUACGGUGAAGAAAACGUUUGCGUGCUUUACAAUCCAGACGAAGACAGAAUUUACAAAACAGUUAGAGACUUCUCAGGGACUCAAAUCGUGGCAAACUCUGGUAAAUGGUUUCUGAUGGUAGAUUCUGGAUGCAAUUUGUAUAUUAUGGAUGUGUUUAGCGAGAACAGGAUCGAUCUUCCGCCUCUAGAGUCGCUCCUACAACUUGCCUAUGCUCUCAAGUCUGUGAGAGAUAAGCAAUGUAAUAAUUUUGGAUUAGCUAGUGGCUGUUAUCAGAAAGAGAUAGCCCGUAAUCUGAGGGGCCGUUUGUGGGUAGACGAGAAGACGGGAGAGUUCGUUGUAGUGUGGUUCUUUGACCCUGAUAUUUAUUUAUUCUAUUGCAAGAAGGGGGAUAAUCAUUACACUAUCAUUUCGUUGUAUCACGAAGUCCCCAAGUUAUUAAAAGGCUUAAAUGAUCUAGUACUCAGGGGUUACCGUCUUUAUAUAGCAUCUAAACGUGGUUUCGUUCGAGUUAUAGAUUUGUCUGGACCACAAGAUUUCGAGGAUGUCACCGGGAGUAACCCAAAGCAAAUGUUUUCUCCUCUCGGGGAACAUAAUUCUUUUAGCGUUGCCGUUACAACAACAGGAGAGGUUUUGUUGGUCGAGAGCAAAACCUUCGAAGACCAGAGGACCUUCCGCCUCUUUAAGAAGGAUCCUAACAAUGCAGACCCACUUGUCCACAGCCCCAAGCUUCUUGAGGUAGAUUCUCUUGGUGAUGAAGCCAUGCUUCUUGACUUGGGUAUUACGUUACCGGCUAACCAUACCAUUGGUAUCAAACCAAACUCUAUCUAUUUCACCCGUCAUGACCGUGCCUGUCUCCGCAUCCCUUUUGAUCUUGACAUCUGUGUGUUCAAUCUUGCAACCAAGACCCUCAACUCGCCAACAUGAAUCUCAAGGAUGCUCAAUGGUUUCUCCCUAUGACUUGAUUCAUGCAUUUUGAUGUUCUUGAAAGUUCUUGUUUCCUUUUAGUUCUAUAUGUAGUCGUCUUUUUGCCUUUUGUUUAAUUCUAUUCAUUAAUUGGUUGUUGCACGUUUUGAUUUAGAAAAAAAUAUAUGUAAUACGAUCGUGUGUCUUCAACUGCAUGUACUAGCUAGUGAAUAAUGGUGAUAAGUGUUGGGAUCAAAAGAGAAUUUUAAAUUUAUAUGAUAAAGUUGUUGAAGUCUAAAAAAUCAUCAUCUCCUAGCCAAUCAAUAAUUUUUCAACAGGAAACACAUUGUUCUUUAAGUAUUAUUUAUUUUUUCUUCUAAAACUUCUCGUAAGCCUAAUAAAUUAUCUACUAAAGUU